GCAAAGGAGUAAGAAUUUGAAGGUAUAGAGAAAGAGAGAGAAGAGAGAGGAUCAAUGCUGAUAAAGAGAAUAGAGCUUUGUAUCGAAAUUGUGAAGAGAACAAUGGAUUGCGUGGUGGUGGUAGCUGAAGCCGCGAGAGACUUCUUUAGCCAAGCUCCUCAGGCUCCGCCGGCUCUCCUCCGCCAUGGCCCCUAUUAUCACUCCAUCUCCUUUCAGCCUUCCGCUUACAUGAUUGGCUAUCUUCCCUGAGAUUGUAGCUCUUUGUAAUAUUUCUGUAAAUAGCAAAUUAAUGUAAAUUCUUCUUUUCCAAGAU